CAGGAGCAGGAGAAGCGCGCUCGCGAACCUCAGCUCGUGCUCAUAUCGCGCGUUAGCGACAGGGGUUAAUCAUGUGCAGAUGCUCGAGCUCGUCGCUCUUUGAGAAGCGGGGUUAAUGCAGAUGUUCGAGGCUGUGUUUAAUGGUCAUCUCUUCUGAGCUUCUCUUCAGUGGUUUCACCUGGAAACCUUCAUCGCUUCUGCGCGAGCCCGUGUCAGAUCUGCUCGAUGAACCCCGGACACGCGCUAACAUGUCUACCAAGGCAGAGCAGUUUGGCUCUAAGAUUCGAUACUUGCAAGAGUAUCACAACCGUGUGCUUCACAAUAUUUACCCAGUGCCAUCGGGAACAGACAUUGCAAACACUCUGAAAUACUUUUCCCAGACGCUGCUCAGCAUCCUGUCCCGUACAGGCAGAAAGGAGAGCCAGGAAGCUUCCAAUUUGGCCGUGCCCAUGACCAUGUGUCUUUUUCCUGUGCCAUUCCCACUCACCCCAUCUCUAAGACCACAAGUCAGUUCCAUCAACCCUACAGUUACUCGAUCCCUCCUUUACAGCGUUCUGCGGGACGCCCCGGCCGACCGGGCUGGCGCCCCCCAGCAGAGUCGGGAGGUUCAGCUCUCAGAUUACCCCUCACUGGACUAUCAGGGGCUCUAUGCCACCCUCGUCACCUUGCUUGACCUGGUACCCCUGCUACAGCACGGUCAGCAUGAUCUGGGGCAGGCCAUAUUUUACACCACAACAUGCCUUCUGCCUUUCCUUAGUGAUGAUAUUCUCAGCACGUUACCCUACACCAUGAUCUCCACUUUAGCCACCUUCCCUCCGUUCCUGCACAAAGACAUCAUAGAGUACCUGAGCACAUCCUUCCUGCCCAUGGCCAUCCUGGGUUCGACCCGAAGAGAGGCCGGCAUCCCAGCGUAUGUCAAUCUGUCCGCCUCGUCCAUGCUGAUGAUCGCCAUGCAGUACACCUCGAACCCAGUCUACCACUGUCAGCUUCUGGAGUGUCUCAUGAAAUACAAGCAGGAAGUGUGGAAGGAUCUUCUGUACGUCAUAUCGUACGGCCCGUCCCAAGUCAAACCCCCGGCGGUUCAGAUGCUCUUCCACUACUGGCCCAACCUCAAGCCUCCGGGUGCCAUCAGUGAGUACAGAGGUCUGCAGUACACAGCCUGGAACCCCAUCCACUGCCAGCACAUGGAGUGCCAGAACUCGAUUAACAAGCCGGCUGUGAAGAUGUGCAUCGACCCGACGCUCUCGGUGGCUCUGGGAGACAAGCCCCCGCCGUUAUACAUCUGCGAGGAGUGCAGCCAGAGGAUCGCUGGCGAUCACGCCGAGUGGCUCGUGGACGUGCUUCUGCCGCAAGCUGAGAUUUCUGCUAUAUGUCAGAAGAAGAACUGCAGCUCUCACGUCCGGCGCGCUGUCGUCACCUGCUUCUCGGCAGGCUGCUGCGGUCGCCAUGGGAACCGGCCGGUGCGCUACUGCAAGCGUUGCCAUGUGAACCACCACAGCAGUGAGGUGGGGGCGUCGGCGGAGACUCACCUGUACCAGACGUCACCCCCGCCCAUCAACACGCGCGAGUGCGGCGCGGAGGAGCUGGUGUGCACCGUGGAGGCCGUCAUCAGUCUGCUGAAAGAGGCUGAGAUCCACGCGGAGCUGCGGGAGUUUGAGCUGAACCGCCGGCGUCAGAUGGGUCUGUCUUCUUCCCAUCAUUCCCUGGACAACCUGGAGUUUGACAACAAAGAGGACGACCAGCACGACCAGAGACUGCUCAGUCAGUUCGGCAUUUGGUUCCUGGUGAGUCUGUGCACGCCCAGCGAGAACACGCCCACCGAGAGCCUGGCGCGGCUGGUCAGCAUGGUCUUCCAGUGGUUCCACUCCACCGCCUACAUGAUGGACGAUGAGGUGGGCAGCCUUGUGGAGAAGCUCAAGCCUCAGUUUGUCACCAAGUGGCUGAAGACGGUGUGUGACGUGCGCUUUGACGUCAUGGUCAUGUGCCUUCUGCCUAAACCGGUGGAGUUUGCCAGGGUGGGAGGAUACUGGGAUAAGUCGUGCAGCACGGUGACGCAGCUGAAGGAAGGACUGAAUCGCAUCCUGUGUCUGAUUCCCUAUAACGUGAUCAGUCAGCCGCUGUGGGAGUGUUUCAUGCCUGAGUGGCUGGAGGCCAUUCGCACUGAAGUUCCUGACCAGCAGCUCAAAGAGUUUCGUGAGGUCCUCAGUAAGAUGUUUGAUAUCGAGUUGUGUCCGCUGCCCUUUUCCAUGGAGGAGAUGUUUGGAUUCAUUAGCUGUAGAUUCACUGGAUAUCCAGCUUCAGUGCAAGAGCAAGCGCUGCUGUGGCUUCACGUUCUGUCGGAGCUGGAUAUUGUGGUUCCUCUGCAGCUGCUCAUCAGCAUGUUCUCUGACGGGGUGAACUCACUGAAGGAACUGGCCAAUCAGAGACGAGCUCGUGCUGCAGACCUGUCAGGACCCCGCAGGGUCAGUGUGGUUUCAGACCCCGGCAGACGAGGGCAGCACAAUAACCUGAGCCCGUUCCCCAGCCCGUUCCGGAGCCCGUUUCGGAGCCCUCUGCGCUGCAGCCCCUUCAGGAACCUGGGCCACGCGGCCGGGAACUGUGCCCUGGACCUGGACUGUGACGAUGACGACAUGAACCUGGGCUGCUUCAUCCUCAUGUUCGACCUGGUGCUCAAACAGAUGGAGCUGCAGGAGGACGUGCUGACGCCGGGCCUGGAGAGCAGUCUGGGCCGGGACGUGGUGGGCAUCAUUAACAGUGUUCUCCAGGCCCCGUGGGGCGGCUCACACACCUGUCAGAAGGACGAGAAGGCUCUGGAGUGCAGUCUGUGCCAGUCCAGCAUCCUCUGCUACCAGCUGGCCUGCGACCUUCUGCAGAGACUGACCCCUCGCGAGGAGAUCCGGCUGGUGGAACCCUUCGAGUGUCUGGAGGACAGUUUGGUGUUCCCUCGAGCUGAUUUCAGUCUUCGGUCUGAGAACGGAGCCGACGAAGGAGACGCUCCCUCGGAAAACCCCGGCAGCCACAGUCCCUCUCCUGAGAUCCCUCCUCUGAAGAACUGCGCCGACAGGAAGUUCUCCUACCUGCAGCUUCCUGUUUCCCUCAAGCUUCUGUACACCGUGCUGCAGGAGAUGAGUAAGUUCGAGGAGCCGGAUAUCCUCUUCAACAUGCUGAGCGUCCUGAAGAUCCUGUGUCUGCACGGAGAGUGCCUGUAUCACGCCAGGAAAGACCAGCCGCAGUUCCUGGCCUACAUACAGGAGAAGAUGCUCAUUCCCAGCCUGUGGGCCAUGCUGAGGUCCGAGUUCUGCCAGCUGGCGUCUCUGGCCGUCCCGCAGCUCCUGCACGCGCUCACUCUGUCUCACGGAGCCGACAUCUUCUGGAGGCUGGUGGACAGCAGCUUCAACAGCCAGGACUGGAAGAUCCGCUUCCAAGCAGUGGAGCGGGUGGCGGUGCUGUGUCGGUUCCUGGACAUCGGCUCGGUGACGAAGAGCCACCUGCUGAAGUACUCUCUGGCGCACGCCUUCUGCUGCUUCCUGGCCAGUGUGGAGGACGUCAACCCGGCCGUGGCCACCCGAGCCCGGCUGCUGCUGGACACCAUCAAGCGGCCCGCGCUGCAGGGCCUGUGUCUGUGCCUGGACUUCCAGUUCGACACCGUGGUGCGGGACCGGCCCGUGAUCCUCAGCAAACUGCUGCUGCUGCACUCGCUGAAGCCGGAGAUCCCCGCGCUGAGCUGGGAGUUCUUCGUCAACCGCUUCGAGACGCUGUCGCUGGAGGCGCAGCUGCACCUGGACUGCAACAAGGAGUUCCCUUUCCCUACAACCAUCACUGCGGUGAGGACGAACGUGGCCAACCUGAGCGACGCCGCCAUGUGGAAGAUCCGGCGCGCCCGCUUCGCCCGCAACCGGCAGAAGAGCGUCCGCUCGCUGCGGGACAGCGUCAAGGGUCCGAGCGAGUCCAAGCGGGCUUUCUCACUCCCGGAGACGCUGUGCAACAAACUGCCUCUGAGACUCGUCAGGCAGGAGCAGUCGGCACCCAUACUGGGAAACAUGCUGGAGAAGGUGCUGACAGGGGAGAGCUCUCCUCUAGAGGAAGACUCCAUCAUUAAGGAUCUGCUGCCGGAGGACGCCGGGAUCGACCAUCAGACCGUCCACCAGCUCAUCAUGGUGCUCAUGAAGUUCAUGGCCAAAGACAAAAGCAGUGCCGAGGCGGACAUCGGCAGCGCCAAAGCCUUCAACACCGUGAAGCGGCACCUGUACGUGCUGCUGGGAUUCGAUCAGCAGAUGGGCUGCUUCAUGAUCACGCCGCAGAAGAUGCGCUCCUCCACCUGCUUCAACGGCUUCAUCGCAGGCAUCUCUCAGGUGAUGGACUACAACAUUGGCUUGGGGAAGCAGCUGCUGCCGCUGGUGGUGCAGGUGCUGAAGUACUGCACGUGUCCUCAGCUGAGGCCCAACUUCCAGGAGCCGCCGCGCUGCUCGCUGUGGGCCCUCAAGCCUCACAUACGCCAGAUGUGGCUCAAGGCCCUGCUCGUCAUCCUCUACAAGUAUCCGUACCGAGAUAUGGACAUGAGUAAAGAUGUGGUGCUCCAUCUGAUCCACAUCACCAUCAACACGCUGAACGCUCAGUACCACAGCUGCAGAUCGCACGUGUCCGCAGGCCCGCUGUACAGCGACAACUCCAACAUCAGCCGCUACAGCGAGAAGGAGAAAGAGGAGGACAGUGUGUUCGACGAGUCCGACAUCCACGACACGCCGACGGGAGCCGGCAGUAAGGAGUCGCAGACCUUCUUCGCUCGGCUCAAGAGGAUCGGCGGCAGCAAGUCUGUCAAGUAUCAGCCAGUGGAGCUCAGCGCUCAAAGGAGUGAGAUCGAGCUGGCGGAGUACAAGGAGGGCGGUGCGCUGCAGGACACGCUGCUGUACUCGGGGCGAGAGGACGGCAGCAGCCGGAAGAAGAGACUGCAGGCCAUGCACAAGCAGAAGUCUCUGGACAUCGGCAACACCGACUCCAUCCUCUUCAACCUGGACGAGCACCGGCGCAAGUCCUGCAUCGACCGCUGUGACCUGCAGGGUCCUCCGGCCCUCCAGCCCUCCUCGUCCUCCUCCAUCGGCCGGCAGCAGCACCGGGCGCAGCACCACGGGAAGGACUCCUCCAACGGCCACUCCGUCAUCGACCGCAGCGGCUCCAGCGUCAGGCCCAUCAUCCCCGAGGUGCGUCUCAGCUGCAUGGAGACCUUUGAAGACAAACCCGCCGGCCUGGACUCGCCGCUGGACAAGGACGACCCGGAUCUCAUCGACCUCUCCUCAGACUGCACCUCCAUCCCUGAGAAGCGCUCCAUCCUCUCGCUCUCCGACAGCGACUCGCUGAUAUUCGAGCCGCUGCCGCCUCUGCGUAUCGUGGAGAGCGACGAGGACCUGUUCGAGGCGCUGAAGCUCCCCGGCGGCGUGCUGAGCAGAGCCGAGGACCCGUCGGCCGGUCGGCCUCCUCCGGUGGUGCAGGUCAGCGUGGAGGACUGCAGCGGGGACCAGCGGAGCGCGGCGACCCUGGAGCUGCCCGACUCCACGGCGCAGCAGGAGAGCGCCAUGACCCUGAAGCAGAAGAGGGACCUCUUCAGGAAGACCUCGCACAUGCCAAACGCUUCCCUGGAGGAUUCCAGCAGGAAGGAUAGCAGUGGGACGAGUCCCAGCCCCUCGAGCCGGUCGGUCCUGCACCACAUCCCCAUGGAGUCUCUAGAACGGGCGGGAGACGAGGACACCGAGGAGACCGAUGAGAGAGACAGCGAGCCCAAACCCGACGAUGAGGGUGACGAAGCCGAGUUCAAGAUUCAGAUCGUGCCACGCCAGCGCAAAGAGAGGAAGAUCGCCGUCAGCGCCAUCCAAAGGGAAUAUCUGGACAUCACCUUCAACACUCUGGACAAGACGAGUGAGACGACUGCAGAGUCAGAUGAGAAAUCCCUGACGAACCUGGAGAAGCCCAGAGAAUCAGCCUCUGCUCCAGCUCUGGAGGCGGCCGUCCCCGAAACCAGCCACCGCUCCUCAGUGUCCACUCAGUAUCGCCAGGUGAAGCGAGGCUCUCUGGGUGCCGUGACCAUGAGUCAGCUGAUGAAGCGGCAGCUCGAGCAUCAGUCCAGCGCGCCGCAGAACAUCAGCACCUGGGACACGGGUCGGUCUUCUUUAGCGCCACUAAUCAUGGCCAGUCCUGUGUGCUGGAGUCUGUGCCCAACUCUACACCUCACUCUUGCAGGUCCUACCAAGACGAGUCUGCUGUCGGCUCCGAGCACUGCCAGCAUGUUUGUUCCAGCGCCGGAAGACUUUGGCGACGAGCAGCCCACGAACAUGGCUGACAGGUGCCGGGACUGCGGGGCGGUUCUGGAGGAGUACGACGAGGAGACCCUGGCUCUGGCCGUGGUGGUGCUGUCCAUGUUCAUCCACCUGAGUCCCGAUCUGGCCGCUCCGCUGCUGCUGGAGAUCAUGCAGUCUGUGGGCAGGUUGGCCUCAAGCUCCAAUUUCACAGGUCAGGCUGAAAGCAUGCUGAUUCCCGGGAACGUCGCUGGUGUGGCCAAGCAGUUCCUGCGUUGCGUCCUCCAUCAGCUCGCGCCCAACGGCAUCCUUCCACAGCUCUUCCAGAGCAACAUUAAAGACGGAAGCUUCCUGCGGACACUGGCCAUGGCUCUUGUGGAUUUCAAUGAGCUGAGCUCUGUGGCCGCGCUGAGCCAGCUACUGGAGGGUCUGAACAAUAAGAAGUCUCUGCCAGCAGGCGGUGCUAUCCUGCACUGUCUGGACAACAUCGCCACCUUCAUGGAGACUCUUCCCAUGGACUCGCCCAGCAACCUGUGGACCACCAUCUGCAACCAGUUCCAGACCUUCCUGGCCAAACUGCCUGCUGUGCUGCCGCUUAAGUGUCCGCUGGACUCAAGCCUGAGGAUAAUCAUCUGUUUGCUGAAGAUUCCCGUCACUAAUGCAGCAAGAAGUCUGCUGGAUCCCUUCUCCAAACUGCUGAGUUUUGUUCUCCAGUAUGGUGUGUUCAGUCUCUCGUAUCUCGUAGAGAUCUGUGGUUUAUGCUACAAAAACUUCAGCAAGGAAAGAGACAAGUUCUACAUGUCGCGUAUCGUGGUUCUAGAGCUGCUGCAGGCUCUAAAGUUCAAGUCCUCGAUUCCUGAUACGAACCUGCUGCUGCUGGUGCAGUUUGUGUGUUCAGACAUCGGGACGAGGCUGGCUGAGUCCACCAUCAUCCAGAAGCACAUGAUCACCGCUCUGCCCGGGUGUACGACCGCGGCCAUGGAGUGUUUGAGGCAGUAUCUGAGCGAGCUGCUGGACUUCAUCGCAGACAUGCACACGCUGACUAAACUGAAGAGCCACAUGAAGGCCUGCUGUCAGCCGCUGCACGAGGACACGUUUGGUGGGAAUCUGAAGGUCGGUCUGGCUCAGAUUACAGCGAUGGAGAUCAGCAAAGGAAACCACAGAGACAACAAAGCAGUGACUCGCUACUUGCCCUGGCUUUACCACCCACCCUCUGCUAUGCAGCAGGGACCCAAAGAGUUCAUCGAGUGUGUGUCGCACAUCCGUCAGCUGUCCUGGCUGCUGCUGGGCUCUCUUACCCACAGUGCUUUGCAGCAGGGCUCCUCGUGCUGUAUGCCCAUCCCUCUAGACGCCGGCUCUCAUAUCGCGGACCAUCUGAUCGUCAUCCUGAUCGGGUUCCCGGAGCAAUCUAAGACUUCAGUGCUGCACAUGUGUUCGCUGUUCCACGCCUUCAUGUUCGCCCAGCUGUGGACCAUCUACUGUGAGCAGGCGGCCGUCCCGUCCAGCCAGAACCAGAACCAGAACGAGUUCUGCUCGGGGGCCAUCCUGACGGGCCUGGAGUUCUGGAGCCGCGUGACUCCCAGCAUCCUCCAGCUCAUGGCACACAACAGAGUGAUGGUAGAGAUGGUGUGUUUGCAUGUCAUCAGUCUAAUGGAGGCCUUGCAGGAGUGCAACUCAACCAUCUUUGUCAAACUGAUUCCCAUGUGGCUGCCAAUGAUCCAGUCCAAUUUAAAUCAUCUGUCCGCGGGUCUCCAGCUGCGUCUGCAAGCCAUUCAGAACCGGGUGAACCACCAGUGUCUCCAGAACCCCGGACCCGGAUCCUUUCCUCUCGCUCUGCGCAAGUGGCUUCAGUGCACGCAGUUUAAAAUGGCCCAGGUGGAGAUCCAGUCGUCGGAGGCGGCGUCCCAGUUUUACCCCAUGUGACCUGUUAUGUGUUUCAUCAUGAGCUUCAGCUCAUCGUUCACGGAGCGCAGUGGUCUUCCGGGUGUGUGUGACUGCAUACUGCUCUUUGUCAGAUGCAUUACAGAAUUCUUGUAUAGAGAAGAAUGUUAGUCUGUGACAAGCAGGAAGAGUUUUUCGCAUUUUCAAUAGUAGACAUAUUUCAAACCAAAAUAAACAAUUCAAGAGUUUUUUUUAAAACAUUAACUGGAAUUUAGUCUUUGUGUUAAAAGUAUAACACUUUUCUUUUACUUGAUCAAAUGUUUCAAAAAGUUUGUGAUGAGAAAAUAAAUCUGAAGCAUUCAAAACUGG